GAAAUGUGAUCGCCCGAAUUUAAUUUGAAUUUACCGUUAAAAAAUUAUAAUAAACUCAACACAUCACAAAAUGAUAGUCAUAAAAUGCCGUCUUUUCUGAAAGGUUAUUCUUUGUUCUGUGGUAUAAAUAAGAAGUUCCCGCCAUAACAAAAUUUGGAUUUUGAGGUUCUGUUAGUAAUUGCGAUUAUCAAAAUAUAUUCACUAUUUCACUAAUUUAACUUAUUUUUGAAAUAAGUUGAAAACAUGUGGGGAAGUGACUUUGGAAAUGAAUCUGCAGGUGGCGGUUUUCUAAACAGCACAUCUGCAGGCCAAGGGGAUACUCCAGCAAAGAAGGGGGGAGUUCGAAGACUGCAGAGUGUUGUACCAGUAGUGGUGCGACAACUCAAAGACAACCAAGAAGAGGAAUUCAAGCUCUUUGGCAUGCCAACACAAAUUCUGAACCUUGUUGGCAUCCUGCGAAAUUUUGAGAUCCAGUCUACCAAAGCUACUUACACCAUCGAAGACCACACAGGAGAAAUUAAAGCAAUAUGGUGGUUAGAAAACGAUGGUGACAGUGCUCCCAACCUACCCACCGUUAAAGAAGGUAGCUACGUACAGGUUUUCGGUUCUCUGCGCAACCAAGACGAAGGGAAAAUCAUAAUGGUUCUACGGAUGUUCCUCGUCCAAGACUCAAAUGUCGUUACCAAUCACUUGUUGCAAGUUAUUCAUGCCAGGCUGGCUGCUGAAGCUAUGACUAAGAACACUCACUUACAAAUCCAAGCCAACAACCCAGGAGCGGCCCUCGCAAACUCCAUGAGCUUCAUGAAUGAUCCGAUAGACAGUGGAAUAAGCGGCCUCACACCUAUGCAGCAAAAGGUAUUCAAAAUCCUCCAGACAAACACCACACCAAAAGGCAUGGAUAGGGAUACUUUGCUGAGCAAUUUCCCUGCAAACCAACAUCGGCAAGUCAAUGAAGCUUUGGAAUUUCUCAACAACGAAGGCCACGCGUAUUCUACCAUUGAUAACGACCAUUUCAAAGUUACCGACAUAUAAUUUUCAGUACUUUCAUUCCAGUUAUGUAUAGUUUCUAGGGCUAGGCUAACACUUUAUCUCGAAAUUUAUUUUGAAAACUUUGUAUAUUUCCGUUUUUUUUCCAAUAAAGUUAUUUUUUCAAUGUUU